AUGGAAUUAAGCCUUAUGCGUCUCGACUUCGCGCAGGUCGGCACUACAAAUCGACUGUGCAUGCGCGUCAUACCAUCAGAGAAAGUCGAUAAAUCGAAGAAGAAAAGACCAUUAGAACGGAUCAUUUACAAGUUACCUCCUGGCCCACCAAUUGAAGCGGUGUGCUUGGGUGGAGCGAUCGGAGCACUUCAAGAUAAGGUUUUCGUUGCAUCUGGUAGCAACGUUCGGGGACUCAGUAAGAAAGGAAAACAAUUCUUUUCAUUUGACACCACAAUGGCCGAGAGGAUAAGGAGAAUGUUCAUCAGCGGUGUUGACUUAUUGCUGACUGGACAGAAGAGCAUCAAUCAUUAUCACGAUUGUGCCGAUACCAACUAUCUACUCUGCCCCGACGACGUUCUCGACAUUGUAUGUCUCACGUCGACUGGAGACGCAUGGAGUGGCCGGCCGUUCACCACGGUGGUAGCGUGCGUUGAUGCGAUGAUUCGUUUCUUAGCUACAUCGUUCCAGGUUACCGAAGGUUCCAAUAUAGCGUAUGAAGUACAAAUGAAGUCUGUACCAAAUACGCUCUCUCUCUUCAUGGGCGAUGGAGGUUAUUCUAAACAGUUGGUGCUUUAUGGAACCCGAAGCGGAAAACUCGGACUCAUUGAUGUGAAAACAAAAGAAGCUGAAAUUAAGUGGGAAAUUUCCACCACCACACUAAGCGCGAUUACUGCCAUCAUUUGCUAUCCAUUCACUGGGCUUGAUCACCCUGACAUUCUGGUGGGAAAGGACGAUGGUGUGUUGGAAAUCUACACAGUGGACACCGAAGAUAACUGCACCCUCUAUGGAAUAUAUGACUGUGACGAGUCGAUCACGAGCCUUGGCUGUGGACGAAUAUGUUCAGAAGAGGAGGAUGAGAUUGUUGUCUGCACCUAUACAGGCUAGAGUGAGAUCAAGGUAUUGGAAACAAAACUGGACGAAGAACGUACGCGUUACGGUGAAAUGACGAAGAAAGGCGGCAAUCAAGUCGCUUACAUUCCAACGUUUGAGAUUCACGAUUCCUUCGAACUUUCACCUGAGCACAACACUUAUUCACUCAUCAUCGAGUUGGCGAUACAAAUCGAUUUUAUCAUUGUUCAGAGCAAAAUGCCAGCUCGUCUCGUUGAGGUGGAGCGCAACGCUUCUGUGGUUUGCCAACAAACCCAGAGCGAAUACGUGAGUGGUGAAUUUAGUAUAAAAUUUCAACAGAGCAUCUUGACGUGUUAG